ACAGACUUUUGGCUAUGGGUUUUUACAGCUUGGUAUGCUAAAUAGAAUACUAAAUACAAUUUGUCUGAUUCCCUAUUAUUCGUGAAUAAAGGUAACUUCCACAGACUUUUGGCUAUAAGUUUUUACAGCUCGGUAUUCUAAAUAGAAUGCUUUCAUAGCUCUUAGCUUUCUCACCACGGCAUGAAGUUAUGAACUCCAUACCAGUGAUAACGGCUCUGAUCUGACAUUCUAUUAUCUUUGGGAAACAGAUGCAGAAUUUGCAGAGGAUCUCUUGUAUUAUAUAUUCUAUAUGCAUUGCAUUAAUGUUUUUACAAAUGAUUUACUAAUGUUUUUACAAAUGAUUUACUAGGACUAGUCAGUUGAUAUGAUUCAGUCAGCUUUUCAAAUGUUACAUGGAAACAAGGCACUAAUCAAUGAUUUGUAAGCAUUGGAAAUUUCUUUGCUGGAAAUGCAUAUUCUUGCAGUCUCUAGAUGCUGCUAUAUUUUUGUUUUCACUUGAUUCAGAGAUUCCCAU